AUGAUAAAGCAACAACUAUUGUAAAUUUGCUCAGUUGAUUCCUUUUUCAAUAAUCAUACCUCUUUAUUUCAAAAAACUUGUCCUGAUCCAUUUAUUCCAUAAUAUUCAAGCGAAUUUUAAAUUAGUAAUCAAAGCAGGUUAAUAAUCAAAUAGUUGUCCAUAUGCCAAAAUUUUAUUAAAUUAGGAGAAGAUGUAAUGAAAUUCUAAACUUAAAUAGAAAUAUAUAAAUUUGACGAAUGUUUGUAUGUAAAAAAUAGUUCAUCCAAAAACAGGAUGGUUUGGAGUAAAGCUUAGUAAAAAUGGUAUAAAUUUUGAAAUGUUUGGUUAAUUAGAUGAAUGGAUCAAUAUUAUGAAGAAAUAUACAAUAUAAUUAGAUUUUGGCUAAAAGUAUUAACUUUUUAGCAAAAUAGGGGAAGGAUAUUCAACUAUAGUAUAUCUUUUUUUUAAAUAAAUUGAUAGGUUUAUAAGGCAAAGGAUAAAGUAAGCAGACAAGAAUUUGCUGUUAAAAUAUUUGAUAAAAAAAGAUUAUUGACUAAUAAUUAUGAAUCGAAGAAAUUUCUAAAAGAGUUGAAAAUAAUUCGAUAAUUGGAACAUCCACAUUUACUCCAUUUUUAUGAAGUUUUUGAAAGCAAUAAUCAUAUUUAUUUAUUAGAGGAAUACUUAAAAGGAUAGAAGCUAUCAUAAUUUUACUAAAAUUCAAAACCUUUAAAAGAAGAGUAAGUUUAAAUUAUCAUUAAGCCUCUAUUUUAAGCAGUUUAAUAUCUACAUGAUCUCAAUAUAUAUCAUAAAUAAAUUUGUACUUCAAACAUUAUGCUUAAGUAGAGACAUGAUUUAUCUAAUCCAUGUUUAAUAGGUUUUACUUAAGCUGAAUAAUAUUCUAAUUUGGAAUAAGAUGAUUAUCAAUAUUUAUAAGUAAAUAUAGAGAAACAGAAAUAAUAUUAUAUUAAGCUUGAUGUACUUGCUUUAGGAAUUGUGAUGCAUAAUUUAUUAACAGGAAAUCAAUUACAUUUUGAUCAAGCACUUGAUGAUGCUAUGAUGAAUAAAUUUGAAGGAACAAGAGAUUUUUAAUUUAUUGAUCCUCCAUUAUCAGAUUCAUGUUUUGACUUUUUGAAUAUAAUCUUUAAUCAAGGUUCUAAAGUUAAGACAUGUUAAUAACUAUUAUAACAUCCUUUUUUCGAUUAAGAAAGCCAAAAUUCUAAUAGAAAUAUUCCAAUUUAAUUUUUAGGAGCACUUAAUCCAAAUUAGACUUAGUUUAGAAUAAGUUCAAAAUAAUCAUAAAGAUCUCCUAAAACUUCAAAAGAUAUUUAAGUAAUACCUAUUAGAAAAUAAUUUAAUAUAAUAUCAAAGAGCCCUUAAGAAAAGCCCACUAUUAAUAGUGAUUAUUUUGAACCUCCAGUGACUCAUUUGAUGUUUAGAAGAGGGAGUAGAUAGAAAAGAACUUUAAAUUUUAAUAAUCAUCAUGAUAAAAGUAAUGAUUCAACAAAUUGA